AUUCCUGCAGCCAAGCCAAUCUCUGCUGGGCUGUAGGUAGGCAACGGACAACCACCAAAAUUCAGUUUCUAAAUCGGCUGUGGCUUCCAAAGCCACUGACAGAGAGACAGAAACAAACCCCGAGUCUCUCUCUCCAUGAUUGUUGUUUUUAUAGCCUCUCCUUUUCCAUCUUUGUGUUUUAUGGCCCCUGCUGCUCUCAUCCUAACCUUCACAUCGCCAUGAAAAAUCACCAGCGUCGUUUCUCUGCCGAUGCCAUAGCAGGCGCUGCUAGUGCUAUGGUUGGACCCCGAUCAUGGAUUGUUGGAUUCUUUCUCCGCCCAACCACCCGACAAAAUGACAGGUUUCCUGAAUGUCCUUUGCAUCCUCUUCAGGAGAGAAGGCUUCAGAGGCUUCAAGAACGACUGCUAGUGCCUUUCGAUGAGACUCGCCCUGAUCAUCAGGAAGCGUUGAGAGCAUUGUGGCGUUGUGCCUUCCCCAACGUUGCUUUGAGAGGGUUGAUAUCUGAACAAUGGAAAGAUAUGGGAUGGCAAGGUUCUAAUCCAUCGACCGACUUUAGGGGAUGUGGUUUCAUUUCCCUUGAAAAUCUGCUGUUUCAUGCACGGACAUAUCCGGCAUCUUUUCAUCGGUUGUUACACAAGAGAGACGGAGAUCGAUCAACGUGGGAAUAUCCAUUUGCUAUCGCUGGCAUUAACAUAUCGUUCAUGUUGAUAAAGCUGUUGGAUUUGCUCUCGGACAAAUCUCAGAGUGUUGCCAGCACAAACUUUAUCAAGUUUUUAAAAGAAGAUGAAAAAGCAUUCGAUGUUUUAUACUGUAUAGCUUUCGAGAUGAUGGAUGCCAAAUGGCUGGCAAUGAAUGCUUCCUACAUGAAUUUCAAUGAGGUUCUACAAGCAACCCGAGAGCAAUUAGAGAGAGAUCUAUCUGUAGAAUGCAUUCACAGAAUACGAGACCUUCCAGCUUACAGUUUAUUGUACCAAUAGCUUUCUCUCCAAUAUCAUUCAGAUUGCACAUUCUAAGUACUUCCUUUGUAUGUAGUACCGUUUUAUACACAGUUCCAUGCCAAUGUAUCAAUUGAACUACUAUCGCCAACC